AUGGGCAUCCGCCACAUGUCGCCGGAGAAUAUGUUUUCCGGCGGGAAGACCGGGCUUGCUCUAAAUACAUCGACAGAUUCUAAAGCGAAAGCUGCCAUACCUCUCCGGAAACAACCUUCGGUAGCCGACCACACUGCAACCGCAGAGAAACUCGAGAGCUGGAAAUCACCUCCUACCCCGGCUGAAGAAGAAUGGGGGCCGCUAUCUAGGGUUUUUAGAUUUGCACGCUACCCCCAUUGGGGUGUUUCAGAGCUCCAAAUUGUAAGACCCAAGGCUGAUCUGAAAUCCCUUUCACAUGAGACCCAUAAAGCCAAUAAACAUUGGAUUUCAUCAUUAAGUGAAAUAAAGGAUUUGAGCAAAUCUUUGGGCCCGUUAGCUGCAUGCCUUUGCCCUUGUUCACUGACUGCAGCAGCAUCACACGCUUCUCUUAGCAGAGAACAGGCAGCUAAGAGUCAGGAGGAACAUGAUUUGGAAUUGGGGCCUCUUCUGCCAUACGCACACCUGCAGUCAAAAUUGAGAAGGUUUGAUUGCGUAAGGACUCACUUUCUGGAGCAUAGGACAUGGGCUUCUUUAGUUUGUUGGACUAGUGACUGCAGCAAGUUGACACCCAUUAGCAUGCACUUCGAUUUCAGAAUGACAUCAUAUUUGAUACACCAUCACUCUUUUCCACAUAGUCAAUCCCGUGCUCCUAAAUACAGGUCACUUGGAAAAAAGUAUGCAACUCAGUACCAAACGUGGGAAUCUCUUUGGUUGUUUGUUGGGUUUACAUAUUCGUGCAUCCUGAGGCUCUAUUCAGGUCGGAGGAACCUGAAUCUUGGAAGGUUGACAUGUAUGCUAAGAACAGGGAGAUUGAGUAUGACCAUCGGCCAUCAGUUGUUUGAGAUGUGCCUGGGGAAAUUGUUGCCUGUUCCACUACUAUGGUAUCAGGGUAUAUGAAAUGUGGAAGAGCUGAAGAUGUUGAGGAAAUAUUUAACACAGUGAUUGAGAGGGACGUGGUAGUGGGGGAUGCAAUCAUUGAGGAAUAUAGUUUGCUGCUUGAAAAAUGCUAGCGGAGCAGUUGGUGCUUUUUUUGAGAUGCAGCAUGCCGGUUUGAACUAAAAGCUGCUGCAUUCUUCUCUCCAUUCUAUGUGAAUCUUUCUCCACGUGAUUUCUCAACAUUGAAUAUUUUGAACGUCGGAAAACACCGACUUGGAGCACUGGGUUAACCACUAAAAACAAUCAAGAUUUACAAGUCCGGUUACCACAGAAGAAAUAGUCGAGACAGGCUUCUAGAUUAUCUUGUUGAAACUGGCUUCCGAUGAUGCUGCAUCAGGCGGGUCGUCGAAGAACCAAUGGCGGAUUUAGAACACGAACGGAGGCAGUGCAAAUGGUGGCGUGCUCAUUGCGGUAGAAGAAGCAGGGUGCCUGUGAACCAUAAACUGUAGCAUGUAAGUGUUUAGCACAAACAAGUCGAUCAUCUACAUACAAAUACAGAAGCUGACUGUGGCCAACGGAAGAUUCAUAUGAUCAUUUUACUUUGAAUUUGAAAGACCACUUUACGAACAUUCUUUAAUCUUGGAUUGAGAUGGCGAAA